GAGAGCCACAGUGCGGCAGGAAAACCGCACCACGGCACCAAAGAACAGAAGAGGGGAGGGAAUGCCAAACACAUACGUUAUCCAUACAAGACUACAUGGACGUGAAAGGGAGAAGCCGUCUGCUUCCAAAGAAUCCAAAGAAUGGAAAUAUAUCUGUUUCCAUUCCAGGUGAAGACCAGCUUUUCCUCUGAAAUCCAAGGAAACCUUCCCGGCUGGGUCUGACGAAGCCCAUUUCAACUGGUAGACGGCAGUAUGGAUGAAAGACGCCAAGACUAGCGACUCAUUGUGUCAACGAGACUGAAUAAGACAAAAAAAACCCGCAGUCUGUCUUGUGUUUUAUGACUGAAAGGACCCGUGAACAGUCUGCGGAGAGACACCGCAUCUCACCGUUUUACACCCGUUUAUUGUUUUCCACGAAAUUCCAGUAGUGGGAUGCGUUCGCGUUGUGUUGCUUCAUAGGGUUCAAGAAUUCAAAUUCAGGGAGAAAUAUGGGUGAAGUUCAGGAUAUCAGGGAUGUUAAGAAGACCUUCGUUGCCCCAGCAAUAAAGUCUUUUGAGCACUAUGACCUCUCCCGAGCCAAAAUCUGUUGCAGCCUCACAUGGCUGGUGGCCAAAGCGUACGGGACAGACAGCAUCCCAGCAGACCUAAAGGACCCUUUCUACACAGACCAGUAUGAGCAGGAGCACCUGAAGCCUCCCGUGGCCAGCCUCCUGUUGUCUGCGGACCUCUACUGCAGGGCCGGCAGCCUCAUCCUGAAGAGCGACGCUCCCAAGCCCCUGCUGGGCCACGACGCCGUCAUUCAGGCACUGGCUCAGCGCGGACUCUACGUCACUGACCAGGAGAGGCUGGUCACUGAGAGGGACCUUCGAAAGAGGCCUCUUCAAAUGAGCGCCCACUUGGCAAUGAUCGACACUCUGAUGAUGGCGUACACCGUAGAGAUGGUGAGCGUCGAGAAGGUGAUGGCCUGCAUUCGUCAGUAUUCAUCCAGCGACCCCGAGGUGGAAACACCUUAUGACACAGAGGACGCAGUGACCACCUGGAUCAACAAGGUAAACGAGUAUCUGAAAGAGGUCAUUUCUCAGGAACAGAGGAAAAGGGAGACGCAGAGUGCCGAGCCUGCUGGGAGUCCUCGGUCUCCAACCAAGUGGUACAUGAAGCUUGUGCCCGCUCGCUACAGGAAGGAGCAGGCCUCGACCCAGUCGGUUCCCUGGAUCCCCCCAGUGGACAACCUGCUGAAAGACAGCACGGAUGGCUCGGCCCUGGGUGCUCUGCUGCACUUCUACUGUCCUCAGCUGCUGCCGUUGGACGAUGUCUGUCUGAAGGAGAACAUGACGCUGGCUGAUCGGCUGUACAACCUGCAGCUCAUACAGGACUUCUGCAAAGACAACCUGAACAGCUGCUGCCACUUCAGCUUGGAGGACAUGCUCUAUGCCUCGUCCACCAUCAAGAAUAACUACCUGGUGUUUAUGGCAGAGCUGUUCUGGUGGUUUGAGGUGGUCAAGCCGUCUUUUGUGAAGCCCAGAAUGCUGGACAACGAAGGCACAGAGCCCUCAUCAUUGUUGAAGAAUAUGCCACUCAUCCCCAUCUCCAAGGCAACCAAGAGGAGCUUCAUGGAAAGACCCCCAAGUCCUGAAAGACCUAGUUUGCCUCUACGACCCCAGCCUCGAAACUCAGGAGAGAUCAAGAGGUCAACUUCAAUGUCCUUUGUCGAUGGCAACCUCGGCACCUGGCCUAAAGAGAAAAGGUCUGGGCCUUAUGGAGUGUCCUUUGACAUUCCCUUUGACAAAGAGGACUCUACUUCUAUGAGUCUUUCCUCUACACGUGGCAUGGUCAGGUCCGUCAGCACUGAUGAUGGUUCUGGUUUCAAGGUCCACCACCUGCCCCGUGGAAUGAAGCGUAACCUGUCCUUCCAGCCAGUGAAUGGUCAGAGUGUCGGUAUUGAGGAGGAGGGCUGCCCAGACAGCCUGGCAGGCGUGGAGCCCACUAGGCGAGCGUUCCCCAAUGGACAUGGCAAUGUCAUAGCAACAACUCCCUCCAUGGAGGAAGCCCUUCAAAUAAUCCACAGCCCAAACAGGCCCCCGCUGGAGGGGAUCAACAACGGUUUCUUCCUGCACUCUCAGGGCCACGGGGCAAGUGUAAGCGUCUUGGAGCCAGUGUCAGAGUCGGACUCCAAAGGUCCUCUGAGCACCACAGACACCACCGAAGUGGACACUGGCAUCCAUAUUCGUACAGAGGACAUGCUGGAUGAGGAUUCCUCUCUGAAAGACUGCUCUGUGAACAUGGACUUGGAUAUGGACACACCAAGCCCCUGCCCGAGCAAUCAAAGCAAAUCCCCCUCAGGAGUGAGGAUGACCAGCUUUGCAGAACAGAAGAAGAAGAAGCAUUCUCCAUCAUUGCCAGACUCAGGGAGGUGCAGCAGCAGCUCCCUCAAGACCACUCCUGAGGGCUCUGACUUUGGCCUCCCAUUAUCUGUCUCCUGGGCCCCGACCCCUGAGCACAGCCCCAUCCAUCAACAAACCACACCUACUCUCACUGUUCAAGCAUCGCCCACACCUGUACAACUUCCACCCAACGACCCAGCUCAGGUUAUGGCUACGGAGAUGGUGCAGCUGAGGAUGAGGUUGGAGGAGAAGCGCAAAGCCAUCGAAGCACAGAAGAAGAAAGUGGAGGCUGCUUUUACAAGGCAUCGGCAAAAGAUGGGUCACUCUGCGUUUCUCAACGUGGUAAAGAGAAAAGGAGAUGGGGCUGCCAGCGGAGAAGAAGGAGGCAAGAUUGAGGGAGAAGGCAAGGCAGCAAGUCCCACCUUCAAAUUUGGGAGGAGCAAGGCAGACACACCUGAUGGGGCAGAGCAAAGCAGCACAGCCUCCUGUUGGACAAAAUCACCUGGUGCAGGAGAGGAAGGUGGUCAAAGCCAUGCUCAGCUCACCGAGGUAGACCUCACUGAGUAUACACGUUCUAUUGAGAAACUCAACCAUUCGUUAGCUUUUCUCCAGACUGAGAUGCAGCGACUCGCUCAGCAGCAGGAAGUCAUCAUGGCCAUGAGGGAGCAACAACAUCAGCAGGCAUGGGUAAUCCCUCCUCCACAUACAAACCCAUCACCACAAAAACACAGUCGAGCCGUUACUCGAUCCUCAGGACCCUCUUCUCCUGCUGACUCCCCUCGUUCCACCCACCGCUCUCCAACCAGCAUCAAACGCAAAUCUGCCUCUUUUCACUCACGUAAUCCUCGCACCGCUCGACCCAGCGAGCUAAAGCUGGCACCUUAUAAUCGAGUCCUAACUGCCCCGCAAUCUGUCGACAGCAUCCCCAGGCUACGGCGAUUUUCUCCCUGCCAGCCCUUGGCAAGUUCCUUUGUUUACUUGGGGGAGAAACCAGCAACCACCAACCCAGACACAGUAGCCUCAGAUGGAGAUAAAAACAAGGAGACGGCGUCGCUCCUCUCCCCAGAGAGGGAGAUUGCCAGUAUAUGUGUAGCCAACUCACCGCCCAGCUCGCCCAAAAGGGAACAAACAGAAGCAGAUUCUGUUCAGAAGCCAGUUGCAGAGCUGAAACCUACCAUAGAGUCAACGUUUCCUGAAGUGCUUGCCCACCCUGUGGUAGAGACCUUCACCGUGACACCUACAGAGAUCCCUCCCCUACCAGACGCCUCAAGCCAAGGCAAGACCAGUUUGAUUGAGGUUCCUCUGUCAGUCGUGAAGCCACUGGAGGAUCUGACACUUGAUGAUAGUUCGGAGAUGCAGCAGCGUGAUGAGGAAGGCCUGGAUCACGAUCAGAAGAUGUGUCGGGGUUUCUUCUUCAAGGCGGACGGAAAGGCCGAGGAGAACAUGGCUCAGAAGAGGGCUGCACUGCUGGAGAAGAGGAUGAGGAGGGAGAAGGAGAGCCAGCAGAGGAAGAUGCAGCAGGAGGCUGAGUUGGAGCAGAAGAAGGAGGAAGCUCGACUGAAAGCAGAGGAGGAGCGCAUCAGGAAGGAGGAGGACAAGGCCAGGAGGGAGUUCAUCAAGCAGGAGUAUCUGAGGAGGAAGCAGCUGAAACUGAUGGAGGACAUGGACACUGUCAUUAAACCUCGACCGGGCGGCGGGGCCAAACAGAGGCGGGGCCGUCCCAAGUCCAUCCAUCGCGACAGCAUGGACUCCCCCAAAACCCCUGUCAGAGCCGCCACAGGUUCACGCCAACGUGUCUUUUCAGUCUCCAGCUUGUCCCUCGCCUCCCUCAACCUGGGAGACAGCGACAGCGUUCACUCUGAGAAGAGAUCACCAAGGCCAGAUUCUGCAGAUGGCUUCCUGUCCCCGAGUCGCUCCAGCAGCAGAAAUGGAGAGAAGGACUGGGAAAAUGGCUCCACGACGUCCUCUGUUACAUCUAACACAGAGUACACUGGACCAAAGCUAUACAAGGAGCCCAGUGCCAAAUCUAACAAGCACAUCAUCCAGAACGCUCUGGCCCACUGCUGCCUCGCAGGCAAGGUUAAUGAGGGCCAGAAGAACAAGAUCCUGGAGGAAAUGGAGAAAUCCGGCGCCAACAACUUCUUGGUUUUGUUCCGAGACGCUGGCUGCCAGUUCCGCUCCCUCUACACCUACUGCCCCGAGACGGAGGAGAUCAUCAAGCUGACGGGCAUCGGCCCCAAGAGCAUCACGCGCAAGAUGAUCGACGGCCUCUACAAGUACAACUCAGACAAGAAGCAGUUCAGCCAGAUACCAGCCAAGACCAUGUCGGCCAACGUGGACGCAGUGACGAUCCACAGCCAUCUGUGGCAAACCAAGAAGCCAGCCACCCCUAAAAAAGUAGUGCCUGCCCAGUCCUAAUGGAACUUGAUACCCCCAAUCCCUCCUCCCAUCCCCCCCUCAAACAGAACAUACUAACUUCAAUUUGCACUUCACUGUACAUAUCCAUGAAGAUUCAAGCACCUGCAAUGCCAGUUAGAUGAAUGCAUAUAUGUCUUUUUUUAUGUUUGUUCGUUUUUGUCCCCCUCAUUGCAUUCCCGUCCGUGUUUCUCCUCCCAACUCUGGACUGGACAUGACAGGACUCAAAGAUUAUGAACUGGAAUGUAUGCUACUGUUGAAGAAUGAUGUAAAUGCUUAUCACCCCGUGUUUUUAAGAGAUUGUCACGUUUGAGUCGAAUCAUGAAGGCAUGUGUGUGAGCGUUAUUUUGUUUCCUAUGUGCCAAACGUCAAAAAAAAGACAGUAUGAAUGCUAGGACAUUUUACUGAAGCACUGAAUGUUUUUAAUUCAUGUACAGAUUGAUUUCUGUUUGCAUUAUCCUGUUGAGGCGUGGCCUUAUGCGCGUUUUGUUUCAGUGUGUGAGUGCAAUGAGGUGAUUGUAAAAAAAAGAACAAAAAAACAAAAGCGUAUACAGAGGCUUUUUUUGUAUUUGGAAGAACACUUUUUUCUUCAUCUCUGUGGGUACAACAGUUUGUAUAUUAAGGUACGUAAAACUUACAAAGGGCCAAAAAAAAAUGAAUUGCAUACAGCUAGCGUUAGCCACACAGGAUGUGUGUGAUCAGCUCAACAAAGCAAAGCGGUUUCAGCUUUUUCAGAACCCCUUUUUUUCGAGAAAGUGAUUUUAAAGAAUGCAGGACGUUACUGUAGAUCACUGGUUCUCAGCCUGUGGGUCGGGACACCUGCAGACGACUUGAGCUAUAAUGCGUGACGUGUAAAAAUAUAUUUCUAAUAUACAAGUAUGCUGUCAUGUUUGUAACUGUUGUGUUUAGUUCCUUUCUCUCAUGAUAUACAGAAGUAGCUUCAACCUCAAGACGAACUCCAAGAAGAAAAAUUGACUGUAAGUGAAAAUAAAAGAUCACCUCGCUGCUGGUUUACAGCAGAUUUGUGAACAAAUUGAACAGCUCAGUGUUAUUUUAUUCUUAUUUUUAAUGCUGCCUUUGAACCAUGUAGGAUUUUUCCAGUAUAAAAUAAUACUGUGAUUACACUCUCACCCGCUGGUAUCAGGAAUAUGACAAGGACAUGGCACCUAGGAGCUAUUUCUCUUUAUAUAAAUAUCAGGAAUUAAAAUUAAAUAAAUCGUUGUGUUCUUCAGAUUCACACUGAGCUUACUCAUCUUCAAAAAAGUCCGCACUUAUUCUACUCUAAGGCACUUUUGGUAAAAGCAUCCACCAAACACCAAAUCUAGUAAACAGUGUGUAUACAAAGUUUAGAUCGCUGAUUAGUUAAAAAUAAAAUGCUCUGUUAUUUAAAAGAGAAAAAAGGCCAGUCAUACAUCACAGCAAGAAUCGCCUGAUAUAUUAAAAUGGCCACUGUUAUUAUGGUUGUGUCAGUUUCAACACAUCUGUUGCUCUUACAUAACACAAAUGUGUGUUGACCCAAGAGUGUGUAUAAGCAGUAUAUUUGCCAGUUGCCUAUAGAUGCAACAUGUCCAAUUUGUUUCUAUUAUUAGGAGAGUGACCUUCACACAAUAAUGCAAGGCAGAAUAGGGCAGAUCCUUGUUGCUGCAUACGGGUAGAGACUCGCCACAGAGUUUCAUUGGUGUCAGUAUCACGUUCCUUUCACCGCCGAAUGUCAAAUCGACACCAUUUGUAGGUUCCAACGAAAACAGAUCUGCGAACACGGUGCUUUGUUUUAAACUGGGGGGGGGGAUAUUUAUGACCAAAAGAGAGCAUGUACAUGUCUUUGAAAAUGUAAUCUAGUAUGACGGAGUGUUCCUCUGUUGUUUAUUGGAAGGAUUACUUGUCCUAAGAAGCUCUGUCCACCUGCUUAUGGCUGUUUAAGGCCAAGGUAAAUGGUUAUUUAAACUGUAAUGAUAUUGUACAGUGUGUUCAUGUGAGCUCAUACCUAUUCACUAUGAUGACUUUGUUUUGUUUCGUCAGACGCUGUGCUGUCAUUCAACAUAUUGCUGAACAUGUAGUUUCUUUUUUUUUCUCCUUUUUUUGGCAUUCAAUAAAACUACGCAUG